UGUUUAGUUUUCAUUGAAACUCAUGCUAUUUGAACUAAUAAAUUUUCAAACUAAUUUUAAAAUAUUGAAUUUUAUCCACAGUCAACCUUGUAUGAAAGGUGGGGUUCAACCAGUGUGAAGAUAAACAACCAUGUUUAUACGGCUGGUGGUGAUAAAUCCAACUUUGUCGAAUGUUUGAAUUUAAACCAAGUUGAUUGGUACAAGGUGGCUUCUAUGAAGGAACAACGAUGGCGUGCAGCAUCUGCUGUGUUGAAUGAUCAAAUGUGUGUAGCAGGAGGAUGUGGUGGUAGUAAUAUAUUCUCAUCAGUUGAAUUAUACAAUCCAAUGGUGAACACAUGGACAAACAUUCCUCCAAUGAAAACUGAACGAUAUCAACAUGCUCUUGUUUCUUAUAAUGGUCGCUUGUACACGUUUGGUGGACAUGAUGAUCCUUAUAGUUCAAAGUGUUUAAAUUCAAUGGAAAGUUUUGAUCCAAGAGAAGGGAAAUGGGAAUCACUAAAACCAAUGAAUGAGAAAAGAAAUGCAUUGUGUGGUGUUGUUUACAAUGAUGAGAUUUACGCCUAUGUUACGGUCAGAAACGUUUUUUUUUUUUUUCGAAACGUUUUUUAUGUUAACGUUUUUUGAUAGGUUAUGGUCAAAAACGUUUUAUUUUUUUUUUCUGAAACGUUUUUGGGUGUGUUUUAAUUUACGCUUUGGUGACCGGCAGGUGGCAGUAGAGUACUACAAUGCACUUAACGUUUGGCCACAUUUUUUUUAUGAAUAAAGAACAUUGGUGACCAGCAGAUGGCAGUAGAGAGUAGGACUACAUUGCUAAAACGUGGCACCUAACGUUUGGCCACAUUUUUUUAUCAACAAAAUAAUUUUUGGGACAAUACAGUCGGUUUGGAAUGAAAUUCCAAUUGCAUAAAGAACAGUUUUGGGAACUUGAAUAAAGAAAUGUCAUGAACAACAAAAGAAAGUGUAAUUGUAUAAAUAACAGUCAUUGACAACAAAAAAUGCAUACACAAACUCAAAAUAUAAAACAGUACACCUGAACACCAUAAUGAAAAUAGUAUUAACCUAUAAAUUUUUUUAUCCAGCAGGUAAUAAUAAAUUGAGGCAUUGAUCAUUAAAACAUUUACA